UGCUGUCAAAAAAAUGGACAUCGGUGUCGUGUCGUUUCGUUCGGUAUCUUGGUAAACUCGACCGUGAUGUUUUUUAUCUCGAGCAAUAAAAUUUAACAAAGCAGUUGUAUAAAUAUAAUGUGACGUGGAUCUGAACAAAGUACCAGAUAAAACAUUAAUGCAUUCCAUUUAUAAUCUCCCUAAAUAACUGUAUCAUUGCAAUGGCUGGUGCUCCGGUGAAAUUGGGGUCUAUUUUAUCUUUCUGUGUCGUUCUGUACGCUGUUUACUUUCGCAAAAGCGAUGUUGGCGAUAUCAGGCUGGCGCCAGUGAAGAACCAUAUGCUACAUUUGGAGAGCGAGAACCAGGUAGCGUCGGGAAUCCAACAGCCAAAAGUAGCCUUAGGUUAUGGUGCGUGUCAUGACCUCUUCGUAAACGCUACAUCAUUGCUGGAUUAUAAAUACUUAAAAGGCACACCAGAACAUUUUAAUGAGAUUACCAAUAAUGAAGAAUUCCAUAAAAGUUUCGCUUAUUUCUUCAAACAUGGAGCAGCAGCUGAGAGAUUUAUGUCAAAUUCUAAAUUGUAUGACGAUUUGAUUGAAAAGGCUCUAAAGUUGCCUGGAACAAGAUGGACUAUCGGUGGCAAUGCUCCUCUCAUGGCUAAAAGGUUCCAUAUGGAGGGAUGGAAAGUACUCUUUGCUGCUAAAAUGAGUGAAAAACUGAAGUCAUACAUUCCUGAUGAAAUACAAAUAGUUGGUAACUCUGAAAAUGAACAAGUGAAAGAUGAUAUUCAUAUGAUAUUAGAAUAUAAGGCAGAUGAGAAGUUUGGCAUCUACACAGCGCCCAGAGCAAACAGAUACAUAAUGCAUAAUGAUGAAAAUAACCCUUUACUUAGUUCCUUAGAGAAGUUUGGUGAAUACUUGCCAGAAUUUAAUCCUAAUUUACUAGUCAUUAGUGGAUUACAAAUGAUGGACAACUAUCCAUUCAAGAAAGAUGAUAAAAAAGAUUUGAGAGCUGAAAGACUGGAUUUAGUCAAACAACAAAUUUUAUCUCAACCAGUAACAACUUUGGCUCAUUUUGAGAUGGCUAGUUAUGUGGAUUUAGAUCUAUUAUUGCAUUUAACAACUAAAGUUCUGCCUUAUGUGGACUCAGUUGGCAUGAAUGAACAAGAACUCAGUAAUUUAUGCAGUGUGCUCGAAUAUGGGGAAGUAAGUGUUGUGGCAGACUCAAAUCCAAGAGUGGCUACAGCUUUGGAUCAAAUGAGAAAGAUAUUCAGACUCAUAAGACUGAAGAACAAAGAACAUGGGAGCAAAAGAAAACUAACACGCAUACAUGUGCACACUCUAGCUUAUCAAGCUAUAUUGACAGUUAAAAGUUCAAACUGGAAAAGAACAAAAGCUGCAGCUGCAAAAGCAUCCCUAACUGCACACAGGUAUGUGUGUAACAACCAAAACAUUGCACUGGACAAAAGCAAGCUGCUGCUUGAUGACAGUUUCUCCACAACAGCAGACAACGACAACAACAGUAGAGUGUUCUUUGAGCCGUCGCAACCUGUGGCUUGUUGGGAAGAAGUGGUAGAAAAUGAGAAUGUAGAUAUUUGUGUUGCGCCUGUGUUAAUUUGUACAGAGGCACAGCUUACCGCGGGAGCAGGAGAUAAUAUCUCGGCUGCUGGGUUGGUGUUGCAGGUGGAAAAGUGAAUCUAGGUCAUUUUUACAAAUAACAUAAUAUUUAUACUUUAUUAUUACUUUAUAUGAUAUUCAUUCCAUUUCAAGGUAUUGUGAUGUUUAAGAUACUUAAUGUUGUGCCAUUUAUAAUAUCACAUUUAGAACAAUGUCAUUAUUUAGCAAUUCAGAAGACUUGCCUCUGUUUUCAAGUACAACAUUAUUGAAGUUUAAUUUUAAGGAAUUGACUGCUUGCUUU